AUGGAUACUAUCUCACGCAACCUGGCGAGCGCAUACAAGACCAACAUCACUGCAAUGGCAGCGGUAAUAACCGAGGAGCAGAAGAAUCACAGCAUCAUGAACCUGGAGGGCUACAUCAAAAUUCUUACUUCUUUGGGUAGGUGGGAUGCAGAGCUAUCCAAAGCAUCCCUAGAACUCGCAAGGCUUUACUUCGGAAAGGAAGACUACGCGCAGGCAAAGCAAACUGCCCACGCAGGGCUAAUCGUCGAGAAGAACUUCUUCAUCGCUACUUGGAAUCAGCAGCUGAACGACAUACUAGGACAGUGUCACCAGGAGGACGAAAGGCUGCUUGAGGAGUACAACAAGGCAGCCAUGGGUCCUUUUUCAAUCAAGCCUAUGUAG